UUUUAGAGGGUUCCAAGGUUUUCCAAAGUUCUCAAAUAAUUCAUACAUGGGUGAAAAAUGAGGAAUACACGAAAACGGUGUCAAAAAUCGGGGUUAGAACGGGUGAAAUACUCAAAUGGGGCCAAACCGGCCCAAUAAAUCCGGGCCGGGCCGGUUUCUGCCCGGGUCGGGCGCCGUGGUGGGCUAGGCGGGGCGCGCGCGCUGGGCCACCCGAAACGCAGGCUGAGGUGCAGGCCCGCGCUGGGCGCGAAACCCUCGCCUUCCCCGAUUAACUUCCUCUUUUGCUCACCUCUGCGUGCUCGCCGUCGCCUUCCCUUUUGAUUUCGCUUCCGUUUUCUUUUUCUUUCUUUGCAACUUCUUCUCCACUUCCUAGGUCUAACCAAGCUCAAUCGACGCACUGCUAACAGGUUAGGAACAAGUUUUCUUCUCCGACAACGUGGGUUCUGGUCUCGCUCUAGCCACUCUUCCUUCUACAACACUAAGCGUCUUGCCCUCUCCGCGCGCUCAACCGCUGCCUUAAAUCGACUCACAUCCUUCUCUUCUUCAAAGAUAACCUCGAAACUAUGCGGGUCGGCGCUGUCUUCCGCGGGGUAUUACAAUAUUAAUCUCACUUUAUGAUUCUCCGAGUUACAAGAGCCCCUCAUCGUUUGUGCCAGACUCGUGCUUUUGUUGAUGCAAAGGUAAAAUGGGUUAGAGAUCCAUACCUUGAUUUUGUUGUUCAAAGAGAGAAAAAUCUCAGACAAGUAAUCUCCCUCAAGAAUCUAAUAGUUUCGAGUCCUUUUAAAUCUGUCCCACUUUCCUCUGUCUCUUUGAUGAGACAGAACCUCAAAGCCCCCACUACUUCGAUCUCCAAGUUCUUCCAAUUGUACCCUUCUGUUUUCAUCCAAUUCCAGCCUAGUCUUGGCCUCCAUCCUCAUGUCAAGCUCACCUCCCAAUCUCUAGCUCUCCACAAGGAAGAAUUAACCAUUCAUAACUCUCAACCACAUAGAGACGACAUUGUGAAGCGGUUAGCGAAACUAUUGAUGCUCACAGGGGCUGGGAAAUUGCCCCUAUAUGUCAUUGAGAAGCUGCAAUGGGAUUUGGGUCUACCCUACAAGUUCAUUCCAGCUCUUCUUGCUGAUUAUCCUGAAUAUUUUCAGGUUUGUAGUAUGAGAGAUUGUUCAACAGGUGAACAAACUCUUGCAUUGGAACUACUUUCUUGGAGGGAAGACCUUUCAGUCUCAGAACUGAAGAAGAGGCAUUCCUUGGAAGGCAAUGGUUGGAGAAGGAAUGGAAAUCACAUUGCAUUUCCAAUGAGUUUUCCUAGGGGUUUUGAUUUGGAGAAGAAGGUGCUGAAUUGGGUGGAGGAGUGGCAGCGUCUGCCUUACAUUUCACCCUACGAAAAUGCAUUCCAUCUAGCACCAAACAGCGACCAGGCUGAGAAAUGGACCACGGCAGUUCUUCACGAGUUGCUUUACCUUAUGGUCUCAAAGAAAACCGAAAAAGAGAACAUCUUCUGCUUGGGAGAGUAUUUGGGGUUCGGUUCUAGGUUCAAGAAGGCCAUAGUUCAUCACCCAGGUAUAUUUUACGUCUCAAACAAGAUUAGAACACAAACUGUGGUUCUCAGAGAGGCGUAUAACAAGAACUUUCUGGUAGAAAAGCACCUUUUGAUGGGCAUGAGGCAUCAGUACAUUCACCUAAUGAACAAAGCUGUAAGGAGACCUAGACCACGCAUCAUAUUAGCUUCUUCCAGAGGUAAAAGACAGAAUAAUCCAUCUGCCAACAAAGAACCUAAGAGAAAUGCUAAAGCAAAGCUGGAAGAAUCCAAUGUGUAUUUUCAGCCAUCGGUUGAGGAAGACGAUCGUCCGUGCAGAGUGACUGAGUUGCAAAAUAAUGCAUUUCAUGAAUGAAAACUAUACUGCGAAGGCCUAAAUGAUCAGACAUGGUCUGGCUGCUGUUAUUAAGUUUUUUUCUUUAAGUGCAUCAGAGAUUAUUUUCUUGCAGA